AUGGACCUGGGGCUGAGCCGUGUGCAGGCGCUCCUGCGCCGCGUCGGCUCGCCGCACACCAAGUUUCCCGUGAUCCACGUCGCGGGGACCAACGGCAAGGGGAGCACGACGGCGUACCUCGACGCGCUGCUCACGCACGGCGCGGGCGUGCGCUCGGGGCGUUUCAACAGCCCCCACCUCGUCGAGGCGCGCGACAGCGUGCGCGUCUCGGGCGGCGUGCCGAUCGACGGGCCGACGUGGGAGCGUGCGCGGCAGCAAAUUACACAGGCGGAUGCGGACGCGAGCGGACGCGGGUCGGAUGCGAUCCACGCGACGCCGUUUGAGCUGCUCACUGCACAGGCCCUGCUUGCGUUUACCAUGCUGCCGCCCGACACGCGCCCCCACGUCCUGCUCAUCGAGGUCGGCUUGGGAGGGCGCCUGGAUGCGACCAACGUCUUUCCGGACGAAAACGUCCUUGCGAGCGUCAUUUGCCCGAUUGCACGCGACCACGAAGGACUGCUCGGUCACGGCCUCGCGGCCAUUGCGCGCGAAAAGGCGGGGAUUAUCAAGGAAAAUGGGCUGUGCGUCGUCGCCGACCAGCGCGUCGGUAUGCUCGGCUCCGUUUCCACAGCAAACGUGCCCAACGCGGACGCGGCGCUCGUCGAGUCGCUGCAGCAGGCGUGCUCCGACAAGCACGCACGUGUCGCGCCUGCGCUCAUUCCUUGGGACGCGGUGCGACGCGGCACGCCGCCGACCGGCAGCGAUGUCGCGCGGCUGCGUGCGCCUGUCUCGUUCUCGUUUCCGCUGCACGCGACCGGCACGGCCGUCGGCGCUGCGCCGGUCGACGCGCACGUCGACGUGUCGCUCGAGGCGACGCUCGCGCGCCUCUCUGGGUGCACCACGGCCCUACAGACCCUCUGGAGCAUCGCGCACGAUACCACGCACGCGUCCGAUGACGGUGCGCCCGCGCGCCAAGCCUUGCGCGAUGCGAUACGCACGCGCCUCUUUGGCGGGGACGCGGCGAGCGAGACCCGUGUCCAGCGCGCCCUUGCGCACUACCACUGGGAGGGCCGGAGCGAAUGGCGGACACUCGGCCAACAUACCCCCCUGCUACUCGACGGUGCGCAUAACGAGGCGUCGGCCAUCGCGUUACGGCAGUACCUCGACCAGUGCCUGGAUACCUACGCGUCGAUGGCGGCACGCCCCGUCACCGUGUCGCUGACGUGGAUCAUGGCCUUUUCCAAAGGCAAAGACGCGACGGCAAUGCUGCGUGCGUUGCUUGGCACACGGCGUGGCGCCGGGGCGUGGGAGUGCACGUCGCAGCGCGUCGGCCUCGUCCCCUUUUCGACGCCGGUCGAGGGCAUGCCGUGGGUGCAGCCGGCGCCCCCCGCCGAGCUCACCCAGGCGCUGCACGCGUCCGACCUGCCGGUGGAUCGCGUGCACACCUGCGAUGCGCUGCGCGAUGCCCUCGCAUGGGCACUUGCGUCGAAAUCCGAGUCUUCUGCAUCGCUCGACAUUGUGGUCGUGUGCGGCAGUCUCUACUUGGUCAGCGACUACUAUCGUGGGUCGGAGCAUGGGAUGCAUCAGGGGCAAUAG